AACCGUCCAAUUUACAACAAGAAAUAACUCAUCAGGCAGGAAAACUGAGCUGGGAACAAGGAUUCUCUUUUCUCUCCAUAAAGAAGUAACACCGCCUCAGUUUAAUAGUUAAUAGUUCCUGUUGUGAACUUGAGAAAAUAUGGUGAAAAAUCCAAAACCAUAGCCUAAAAUCAAUGAGGAGAACCAGGCUUCGAGGAAUUCCUGUGCUUGUCUCUGCUUCGCUUGUCCCAGGAUCCUGGUGUUGUCCCAAUCGAAUUGGUGAUUUUCCUUAUCCAUGUGGAUGGAGAUGAAUGAGACGGAAUUUAGAAAUUUAAUUGUGUGGCUUGAAGACCAGAAGAUACGACAUUAUAAAAUUGAAGAGAGAGGCAACCUGAGAAAUGUACACAGCAAUGAAUGGCCGAAACACUUUGAAAAGUAUCUGGCAGACGUAAACUGCCCAUUCAAGGCUCAAGAAAGGCAGGAAAAUGUUGACUGGCUUCUCGGCCUGGCUGUGAGACUUGAAUACUCAGACAAUGUGGAUAAAUACAAGAAUUGUACAGCAGAAAGUGUAAGAAAUGAUGCUGCUAAAGGCACAGAUCCACUUAUUAAUCUGGAUGUGAACAACCCUGACUUUAAGGCUGGUGUGAUGGCAUUAGCUAAUCUUUUACAAAUCCAGCGCCAUGAUGACUACCUCUUAAUGUUGAAGGCCAUUCGCAUUUUGGUACAAGAACGAUUAAGCCCGGAGGCCAUUGCAAAAGCAAACCGGUCAAAGGAGGGCUUAUCUGUAUCUUUAGAGAAACAUCUACUUGGCUUUGAUACUGGAGAUGCCACCUUGAAUGAGGCUGCAAGAGUUCUCCGAUUACUGCAUAUAGAGGAACUACGAGAUCUUCAGACCAAGAUUAAUGAAGCUAUUGUAGCCGUUCAGUCAAUAAUAGCUGAUCCCAAAACUGAUCACAGGCUAGGAAAGGUUGGAAGAUGAUUAAAAGAUUGAAGUUGGAACUUUGUAAUCUGUAUUUUGAAACUCAUAAAGAAAUUGACAGAAGGAAAUAACUUUUGAGUCCUGGUGAUCAAGUAGUUUAUUAGUGGCAAAUUGUUCACUAAAGUGGAAAUAAAUAAUAAAACUUGAGAAAUUA